AUGGUGACGACGGAUUGGGGGCCGAUCAUCGUGGCGGUGGUGCUGUUCAUCCUGCUGUCGCCGGGGUUCCUGUUCCAGCUGCCGGCGAGGGUCAGGGUGGUGGAGUUCGGCAACAUGGGCACCAGCGCCCUCGCCAUCCUCGUCCACGCCAUCCUCUACUUCUGCAUACUCACCAUCGUGGUGGUAGCCAUCGGCGUCCAUGUAUACACGACCAAACCGGAUCCGGUAGAGUAA